GGCCUUAGUUUGAAGUCCAGGACGUCAGUGUGACAUUUUCUCGGUGCUGCGUGGUUUGACGAUUCCUCAGAGAUAACACCUUAAGUUUCUUUUUUUUUACACCGUUGAACGAAGUCUCUACAAAGACCUUGAACAUGUCGGUGGCGACCGCCGUGCGGCGUUUGCGUGAGAACGUGGACAAGAUGAAGUCGGUGGAGUACCGACGUGAGCAGCUGAGGGCGCUGUUACGCUGUAUCGAUGAGAACAUGGACAGGUGGAUAGGUGUGCUGAAAAAGGAUCUACACAAGCCUAAGCUGGAGUGCCUGGGUAUGGAGGUAAACUACAGCAGGAAUGAGCUCAUCGUUCAUCUGAACAACCUGGAUGAGUGGACCAAGCCGGAAUACGUGAAGAAAGACCUGCCGCAGAUAUCGGACGAGUGCUACAUCCAGAGGGAGCCGCUAGGUGUCGUCCUCAUCAUAGGAGCCUGGAACUACCCAGUGAUGCUGAUCCUGUGCCCUCUGAUUGCCGCUAUUUCUGCUGGCAACUGUGCGUUGCUGAAACCUUCAGAGCUGUCUGAAGCCACAGCAGCUCUUUUUGAGGAGUUGCUCCCAAAAUAUCUGGACAAGGACUGCUUUGCUGUUGUUAACGGAGGUGUGAAGGAGACCACCGAGCUUUUGGAGCAGAAGUUUGACCACAUCUUGUACACAGGGAACAGUAAUGUGGGUAAGAUUGUGAUGGCAGCAGCUGCCAAGCACCUGACACCUGUCACCCUGGAGCUGGGCGGCAAGUCACCCUGCUAUGUGGACAAGGACUGUGACAUCGACGUGGCAGCCAGGCGUAUUGCGUGGGGCAGGUUUGUGAACUGCGGCCAGACUUGUGUUGCUCCUGACUACGUCCUGUGUCCCAGUCAGAACCAGGACAGGCUGCUGAAGGGUCUGCAGUCUGCCCUGGAGGAGUACUUUGGCAAGAACCCAAAGGACUCAGAAGAUUACUGUCGUAUCGUGAACCAGCGUCACUUCCAGCGCGUGAAGGGUAUGAUCGAGAAGACCAAAGGCAGCGUCGCCAUUGGUGGAGACUCCGAUGAGAAGGACCUGUACAUCAGCCCGACGGUCGUCAAGAACGUCCAACCCACGGACGCGCUGAUGGAGAAUGAGAUCUUUGGUCCCGUCCUGCCGAUUGUGACUGCAGAGAGCGCUGACGAGGCUGUUAGCUUCAUCAACAGUAGGGACAAGCCGCUGGCACUGUACGCCUUCGCUAAUGACAAGAAGGUCAUCCGUGACAUCAUCGAGCGUACGUCAAGCGGGAGUGUGUGUGGAAACGACACCAUGAUGCAGAUGGCCCUGCCCACGCUGCCGUUUGGAGGCGUGGGGACCAGCGGCAUGGGGAACUACCACGGGAAGUUUGGCUUUGACGCCUUCUCCCACAAGAAGGCUGUCAUGGUGAAAGCACUCGCCAUGGAAAACGUGAACAGCCUGCGUUACCCCCCGUACACGGAGAAGAAGUUGAGCUGGAUCAGCUGGCUCACCGCCAAGAAGGAGAAGAGGAGGGGGGGACUGUUCGGCUUCCUGCCCUUUGCUGUGAUUAUGACCAUCCUGGCAGUGCUCAUCAGGGUAUUUACUGUGAUGACCUACCUUGGCUAAUAAAGUUCCUUGGAUAGGUGAUGGGACACAACAGCCAAAUGUCGACGUUACACUGUAAGAAACCCUAUGGACAGAAGGAGGCUACAGAAAUGAAGAGAACUUUAAAAUCUGUUUUUGCAUUCCAGUCAUAAAUAAUCAGAGAAUACUUCUAAGAAUAUGAUGACAGUUUCAUUAUAUUCCUACAAUGUAUGAAUUUGAUGAUGAUGAUGAAUUCAAUAAUACAAAAAUCAUAUUGUAUAUCCAAGCAACUUAUAUCUAUAUUUGCUUACUGCACACAAAUUCACAUGAGUUGUGUAUUUUAGAGGAAAUUGUAAUAUGAUGUUUAUACAUGUUACAAUCAUAUGAGCAUAAGUGAUAAGAUCACUUCUUGUGGAGCAUAAGAUUUAUCUAAAUGCAAAAUCUUAAACAAAGGCAAAUGAUUACAUGAUAAAAUGGUCAUCUUUCAAAAUAUUUGAACCAUUACAUAAUGUUACCAUGAAUGGUAUCAGUACCAAUAUUUCUCUUAACAUUAUCCUUUUACUACUUGCAGGCAUUGUAGAGAAUAAUUAUUGUAAUAUAUAGUUCCUCAAUAGAAAAUUUAAUCAAGCUUUAAUUAAGCUAAUAUAUUAUCAGAAACAUUGUGAUUGUUUGAUAACUUGCUUGGUAAUGGCAUAAUACAAGUCACCAUGAUUGGAAGAAAUUAUGUGUACUUGAUGCUUGAUAGUGAAGUGUGUAGAAACUGCUAUACAGCAAAGUAAUUUGGUUUGGCUGUGAGAAACGUCAAUGAUUUUGGCACAGUAAAUGAAUUUUCUCUGGACAUGAUUGUUCCAUGUUGUCUGAUAUAAUCUCAAACAAUCUGGAACUAAAAUGGCAAAACUGGCAUCCUUAACUCAAUAGAGGUUGCCUCUUUACGGAGAAUUAUACUUAUUUAGGAAACAGAAGUUUGAAUAUUUACACAGAAUUUGAGUUAGAGUUAUUGCUUUAUUUGAAAUGUGCCAAGCACUUCUAACUGAUUAUCUAGAUGAUAU